AUGCUCAUGAUGAAGAAUUCAUAUCAAAAUGCUCGGGGUGAUCACCCUGAAAUGUUCUUCAGGGAAACUUGGAGGAAGUUCACAGAUAAAUAUGGUGAUCGUUCUGGAAAAAAAUUUGAUCUUUCAGAACUCAUCCAUGCACCUUUCCACAAUCCAACCAAUGAUACCAUGGCAUGGUACUUCAAGAAUUUUCUUGAGAUCAAAGCGAAAAAUAACUUUGAAGAUUUAAAGAUUGCUUUAUCGUUUACUAAGAAGGCCAAGGAUGUCAUUGAUCCACGCACAAACAAAACAAUGGUUAAUGUCAUGUGGCCACCCACAAAGCAAGCCAAAAGGAUUCCUCUUCCCAAAUGCUUACCCGGAGGUACUUUGGAUACAAUACAAUUAUGGGUUUACUAUGAGGCUACUGCAACAAUGGUGAUCAAGCUGAAGAAAAACCACUUUCGUAUUGUUGGUCCCAAAGAUUUGUUGAUGUUUGGAGAACAUGAUAUUUGCACUUUAUCAAACUUUCAGAUUAUCGUAGAGAAUGAACUAUUUGAAGUUGCCGCGAAAGCUUUCACUGGUAUGGUAGCUACAAUUAUCGACAAGAAGCUAUGGGCAAGGGCAUUUGACCAAGCAGACAUACAUCUUGUAGAGAAACCUUGA